ACCACUGGAAGUUGUACAGGAAGUUUGCAGACGGUCACUGAUUCUCGCUGCACACUUCAUUCUGUAUUCAAGCACUGCAGGUCAGCCCUAUAGCAAAAGAGUGGCUUGGCCAAAGAGGUGAUUAUAGCCAAUGUUGUAAUAGUGCAGCUCCGCCCACUUCACCUGACCCUGCAGGAGAUUACAAAGAGAGAGAGAGACUGAAUUCCUGCCUCGCAUUUCCAGCUCCUGCGCUCGAGUAACCGGACACUCGCAGGUGAAUUUCUACCAGGUUCACAGCAGAACAGGGACAGAGGGAGUGGUUAGAGGGAAAGGUAAUCAGACCUGCGUGACUCCUUCCUCUCCAAAGACAGAGCUGAACUUUCUCCAGGAGAAACUCAAGCCUUCACGGACUCUGCCGGAGCAGGAAGUGCUAUGCUGCCACAUUCUGGAAACAAAAAAAAACUUUGGAAAAAAUGUUUAAGGGAAGUCGUAUCCGCUAGUUCUGUAAGUUUUCUUUCAGUGGACUAGUGCGACACUGAGAUACUUCAGACUCUCUGUUUUCUUUCUCUUGUUUGAGAAUCACACUGGAACUGCAUGGAACAAAAGUGUUUCCAAAUGCUUUAGCGGCUCGCAGCUCAUUAGAACUGGAGCGAGAGAGAGAGAGAGAGAGAGAGAGAGAGAGAGAAACCCUGGGAUUUUCAUGCACAAAAACCUUUUGUUUUCUCUGGUUAAAACCACACCAACUAUGCAGCUAUUGGAUUACACUUCAUAGGAUUCAAUGUAAACACGAUUAUGGAUCCAGACCACACUAGGACCUCUUCAAGGUUCCUCGAGUCAGAUCAGACGCCGGCUGUGUUGACAUCAUUCCGAACAUUGUCAGAUGAAGAUGCUAGUGGUCAUAUUGGAGCAGUAGAUCCUUUGAGCCUGAAAUCUGGAGGUGGUUUGGAGGAAAAUGUGGAGCUGGACUCUGAUCCGUGUCUGGUGCAGGUGAUCAGGGUGGAGACGUACAUCGACGAUGAGGAAGACGCGACAAGCAUUCAGGAAAGGGAGCAUGAAGGAUCUGCGGACAGACUCGAGCCGUUCGUUGUCAAAGCCGAGAGUCUCGUGGAGAGAUCGCUUAAAGACGCUUCCAUUCUGAGCCGGACAGGUCCAUACGCGAAACUCAACCGCUCGCUGGAUUUCUCUCGUUCGUCAGACAAUUCCAGAAAAGAAGUGCCGUCUCGGAGCGUUCAUAGAGUAGAUUCAGCGUCAGAAUUACUGAACAGAAGUUUCGUUCCUCGUCUCAAACCUGUUCCUGAGUCACAUGACGCAGGUGAGGAUGCUUCUUUGGUUUCAGGUGAUUCAAACCAAGAAGGGAAUUCCGGAGCAGAUCCGACAUCUCCGACCGAUUCCCAAAAAACAGAGACGGAGAGUCCAGCUUCUGUUUUACCCUCCUCAGAUCUUUCAGAGACGGCGUUCUCUUCUCCGAUAAAAGACUCCAAACAGGACAGCAGACACCAGCUGCCGGCUCUGUUCAGCGGGAUACGGGUGCUGAAGAAAGGAGCGCUCGGAGACGAGAGGGACACGCUUGCAGAAAUCAAACAGCGGGACGCGGAUCGAUCGCUCCUGAGCCUCAAACAACACGUCAACAAAACCAAACUCCAACAACCCACCGGCAGCGGCGUCACUAAGAAGAAAAACCAACCCAGAGGUCUGUCUGAAAUCACUGGUUUGCUGCAGAAAGUCCAACAGAACGAGGAUAAACCCCAGACUCCGGAUCCCAGCGCUGGUGAAACUGCGACGGAGUCGUCAUUUGAUGCUGUGAAAUCCAGAUUAUUCAGCUCGAAACCUGCGAAGAAGGAUCCUGCGGAGGCAGCGCUGGAUCUGGACGCUGUGCGGAGGAAGAAGAAGAACGAGAAAGAGCUGCUGAGGUCCAUCUUUGAGAGACAGCUGAGUAAAGCUCCGGUCGAUGACUCCAAGAGUCCUACUGAGGAGAAAUCUGAGGUCACGUCUCCGUCUGACGGUGAGGACCGAACCCCUGGCCGUCUGCAGGCCGUCUGGCCUCCACCUAGAGAGGACGGAGAGGAGAAGGUGGGCCUGCGCUACACUGAAGCCGAGCACCAGGCCGCUCUCCUGCAGCUGAAGAGAGAGUGUAAAGAGGAGCUGGAGAAGCUGCAUGCGGAUUUCGAGCUGCAGAUCUUCCGGGUUCGAGGGGAGCAUGCGGAGGUCGUGUCUCGUCUGGAGUCGCUCAUCAGCAGGAUGCAGAGGGAGCGGGCGUAUAAUACUGUACGGGAGCACGGUGAGCUGCAGGACAUCUGCGUCUCCACCGAAGACGACCAGCCACCUAAAAGCUUCCGUAACGUGUGCGUCCAGACAGACCGCGAGACCUUCAUCAAGACCCCCGAGGGAGACGGGGCCAGACCAGCGCCGGGCUCCAGCUCCAGCCCGCCCAAAAAACUGGACCUGGACUCCAUCAGCAUGAGUUUGGGCGUGGGUCCAGGACUGCCUCCUCCCCCUCCUCCUCUACCUGGUAGCUCCGCCCCUCCUCCACCACCACCUCCUCCUCUUCCUGGAAGCUCCGCCCCUCCUCCUCCCCCUCCUCUUCCCGGAAGCUCUGCCCCUCCUCCUCCUCCUCCUCCACCCUUACCUGGACUUGCACAUGCCCCGCCCCCUCCUCCACCUCUCCCAGGAGCCCCGCCUCCUCCUCCACCCCUCCCCGGAGCCCCGCCCCCACCUGGUCUACCAGGAGCCCCGCCUCCUCCGCCCCCUCCCGGCCUUCCAGGAGCCCCGCCCCCUCCUCCACCCAUGCCGGGAUGUGGCGCUCCUCCUCCGCCUCCAGUUUUUGGCGGGUUUGGAUUCGGACAGUCGACUGAGAAUGCGCCGCGUAAACCAGCUGUCGAACCGGCCUGCCCCAUGAAACCGCUCUACUGGAGCCGCAUCCAGAUUCAGGACAAGAAUAAUAACACGCUCUGGAGUUCACUGGAAGAGCCUGAUAUCAUAAACACCCAAGAGUUUGAGAAUCUGUUCUCCAAAGCCACCAUCCAGCCAAAGAAGAAACCGCUGUCAGACACUUACGAGAAGAAGAGCAAGGCCAGGAAGAUCAUCAAGCUGCUGGAUGGGAAACGCUCUCAGGCCGUGGGAAUAUUAAUAUCGAGCCUCCAUCUGGAGAUGAAGGACAUUCAGCAGGCUGUUCUGACGGUGGAUCAUUCUGUGGUGGAUCUGGAGACCAUCGAAGCUUUAUAUGAGAACAGAGCUCAGUCUGAAGAACUGGAGAAGAUCAGGAAACACUACGAGACGUCUAAAGAAGACGAGGUGAAGCUCCUGGAUAAACCUGAACAAUUCCUGUACGAACUCUCCCAGAUUCCCGACUUCGCCCGCCGCGCGCACUGCAUCAUAUUCCAGUCUGUGUUUGUGGACUCCAUAUCCUCCGUCCAUCGGAAGCUGGAGAUCAUCUCUGCUGUGAGCAAGGCUUUUCUUGAUAAUGACAGUGUGAAGGACGUGAUCGGCGUCAUCUUGGCCUUCGGAAACUACAUGAACGGUGGAAACCGGACCAGAGGACAGGCGGACGGAUUCGGACUGGAGAUUCUGCCUAAACUAAAAGAUGUCAAGAGCAGGGACAAUCGUAUGAGUCUGGUGGAUUAUGUUGUGUCGUACUACCUGCGAAACAUGGACGAGAACGCAGGAACAGAGAAGAGUGUUUUCCCGCUUCCUGAACCUCAGGAUCUCUUCCACGCUGCUCAGGUCAAGUUUGAAGAUCUCGCAAAAGACCUUCGCAAGUUAAAGAAGGAGCUGACAGCGUGUGUGAAGGAGGUUGAGCAGGUGUGUGAAAACUCCUCUGAGGAACAUCUACAGCCCUUCAAGGAGAAGAUGGACACCUUCGUCAGCACCGCACAAUCUGAGUACGAGACUGAAGACGAGCGGCUGCAGGCGGCACAGAAGAGUUUCCAGGACAUGGUGAUGUACUUCGGGCUCAAACCCAAGUCUGGAGAGAAGGAGGUUUCUCCGAACUUCAUCUUCAUGCUGUGGUACGAGUUCUGCAACGAUUUCAAGAGCACCUGGACCCGAGAGAAUAAAAACAUCUCCAAAGAGAGACUCAAAGAAGCUCAGCAGACCGUCCAGAAAAUCACAGCUGAGAAGAAAGUGGAGACGAAGAAGACCAACGCAAACAGUCUGAAAGAGCGGCUGCGAAAGAAAGAAGCCGGCGUGUCGUCCAGCUGAGACAGAAACAGAAGCACGCUGUUUGUGUUCCUUCAGACUCCCGAGAGAGGAUCAUUUCAGAUCACUUCAUCAUCAGAUGAACCUCUUCAGUACGAGAGAGGUGAAGAAACAUCUGACAUCAGUCAGCAGUGCCUCAUAUUCAUCAAACAGAGCCUCGAAUGAAAACCCAGUGAGCCGUUAAAACACGUCAAUCAUUAUCUGUGUCACCCGCUUCUGCCUUGGUGUUUCACCACAUUUUCCUUUUGCCAAAAUGAAACUCGAUGAAGCACUUUUACACUCCUCACUCGUGGAGCCUAUGCAAUAUCCUCCGUUUCAAAAGAGAAAUGUGCAAAUCAUAUCCAUGCAUUAAAAUGUGAGAAAACUACUGAUGUCUGUUGUGAUGAGGAACGAAUCAUAUUCACCCUACAGUGAGUGUGCGAAUACAUUUCCAUGUGUAAACGAGUCAAAGUCAAAGGUUUUAUUGAGGAAUAUAGUGUUAUGAGGAUGUCAGAAAACGAUAUUGUUUCUUUAUGUGUAAUGGAUUCUGUCAUUUGUCCAGUUAUUUCAGGCUCAGAUGUGUUGAAAACCUCCUGGAACAUUAUCACAGUGUCAGAUUUUAUUGACAUUUUUUUUAUUUCCUGUAACAAUUUGUACAUUUAUUAGGUGCAAUAAACGUUUCGGACAUCAGCGUCUGCAAAAUGAAACAUAA